AUGAAGCUCAAAUUAAUUCCAAUGCAGGAACUUUACAAAAAAUUUCCCGAAUUAAAGGAAUCCGACGUCGCCACGAUCCGCGAUUGGAUGUCAAAGCAACCUCACUUGCCCGAGUUGACGGAUCAGGAAAUUGCGAAUUUUCUUCAUGCGCGAUAUUUUAGCAUCGAAGCCACGAAAAAGCUCAUUGAAGGUCAUUUAACGAUCAGAACUCACGCAAAAGAUAUUUUCGGGAAUCGAGAUUUCAUGGCGGAUGACAUUCAAAUGGUCAAGGAUGUGAUUGUAUCUGUUCCGCUGCCAAAGACAACUCCUGAAGGUUAUACGGUAAUUUUUUGGAAAAUCAUCGAUCCUGAUAUGUCGAAAUAUAAUUUCAAAGCUGUUGCUCGACUCUCGAUUUACGUAAACGAGUCAGAAUUGUUGGAAAAAGGUCCCACAAAUGGUUACGUUACCUUAGUUGACAUGGAUGGAUUCACGUUGCGACACAUGUUGACCUUUAAUCCAACAAUUUUGUACCAAUUGAUGCUUUCCGUGCAAGAAGGGUAUCAAGCGCGUGUCAAAGCGUUCGUUUUUUUCAACUGUCCUUCGUUCAUGGAUAAAUUUUUGGCACUUCUCAGACCAACUUUGACGAAAGAAUUCUCGAAUAGCCUGAAAAUUUAUCAAAAAUUAGAAGAUUUGAAGGAAUUUAUGCCUUUGGAAAUGUUGCCGAGCGAUUAUAAAGGAGGAAAAGAAGAUACCAUCAAAAAUUUAUGGACGAAUUAUUUAAAACAUUUGGAAGAACGAAAAGACUUCUUUUGGGAAGAAUCACAAACAAGAAGAGUAAAUGAGAGUCUUCGACCCGAAAAAAGUGCUCUUCAGAAUCAGUUGUUUGGAUUAGAAGGCAGUUUUAAGAAGUUAGAUAUCGAUUGA